CCUCAUUACCGUACGACAGUUACGUCAUUUUGUUUGGAUCGGUCUCAGGAAGAGAAAUCUGCAACAUCAGUCGGUCAAUGUUCGGUUCAGCACCCUGCGUACUGGAUACAAGACACGAAAUUAAUUACAUCUAGGAGGGCUGUGUCUGGUAAGCGUGGCAGGGGGAGUUGCUGACCUUCAUGCUGAGAGGUCACGGAGGAGAAGACCCAUGGAUGAUGGUCAGUGUGAGAGGGAGGGGCCAGUGUUGUCUGAGGGUGGGGUUGACCUCCACCGCAACCAAUCAGACCCCUCGGAACCAAAUCAGAACCACAACCAGAACCGGACUCAGACUCAACUAGAGGAUGGUCAGAGGGUUGGACGACGAGACUUCAUCCAACAGAACUCUUUAAACAACAAUGUGGAGGAAGAGGAGGAGGAAGGUAGAACGGUGAAGGGAGAGGAAGACGGGGACGAGGAUGAUGUGAUUGUGGAAGAAGAGGAGGAGGACAGCAGCGUGACUCACGGCCAAUCACCCGACACUCCUAUGACUGACUGUUCCUUCUCAGACACAGGCAGUCCGGUAGCGCUCCGGCCCUCUGUGUCUCCAGAGACUACAGAUCCCAUCAGCUCCCAAGCAACAAGUCCAGACGAACCCUGCUACAGUGUCCCUGCGGGCGAGACACACACCUCCACCACAGGACCCACUAUCUCCAGUUCAGAACCUACCACCUCAGACCCCACCUGCACCACAGGACCUACCACCUCCACCACUGGCCCCACCUGCACCACAGAACCUACCACCUCCACCACAAGCCCCACCUGCACCACAGAACCUACCACCUCCACCACAAGCCCCACCUGCACCACCGGGCCUACCACCUCCACCACAGGCCCCACCUGCACCACAGGACCCACAAUUUCCACCACAGGCUCCACCACCUCCACCACAGGCCGCACCUGCACCACAGGACCCACCAUUUCCACCCCAGGCCCCAUCAUUUCCACAGGACCUACCACCUGCACCACAGGACCUACCACCUGCACCACAGGCCCCACCUGCACCACAGGACCCACCAUUUCUACCACAGGACCUACCACCUCCACUGCAGAGCCUAUCCCUAGCCCUGCCCUCCUGGCCACCUUAAAGGAGUUAGGGGAACGGGGAGAUCACUCCCACCUGCCUCAGUACCUCCAUCAGGUAGCCGAGGCCUUUGUCCUCCAGGGAGAUUAUGAGCGAGCAGUGUGGUGUGUUCAGCUAGAGAGACUCUACCACCAGCGACUACUAAACAACCUGACAGCACUGCAGGAACAGUGGGAGAGGCGAUGCAGGGCAGAUGGUCGGGGGGAGAGGAAUAGUGACACUGAUCUGACUCCACAGCAGCUGGACAUACUCACACACAUCUGCACGACACACCAACGACCCAGUCCUGGAGAAGAGAAGACUGUGGACUCUGUGCUGGAGAGCCCUGUUCGUGGUGAGGACAGACUGCCUGCAUGCCGCUCAGUUCGGUUAUUUGAGUGUUUGUUGGGGAUGGAGGAGGACCAGAGAGGAACAGACUCCACCCUCUCCCAGAGCAUCAACCCAAUAAAAUCAGCCGGAGCCCUGAAGGACAGCCUCAGCUCCAAUGACUGUGCAGCUCUGGGUGUGGCACAGGACUGCAGAGACUCCCAGGGGAUUGGGAGGGCUGAAUUCACAGACUCUAGGAGCGAGGGAGCAGGUCAGCAGACGGAGAGUGAGAUGGAACACACCACUCAGGAGGGUUGCACUACGCCGGACCGCCCUACGGAUGGGGAAAUGAGCCAACUCAAGCAUGAGGAGCAGCAUGGAGGAGAGGAAAAACAGGAGGAGGUGGAAGAGGCAGAGGAGGCCUUGGCAUUAGAGGAAGAGGAGAAAGAGGAGAAGAGAGAUGGUGUUGAUUGUUUAAAAGCUCCUCUAGAGGAGAUCUCAGCCUUAGCAGUGAAGGAGCAGCUCACACUGGAGGAGGCCCAGCUGCGCGAGGAGGCCCAGCUGCGCGAGGAGGCCCAGCUGCGCGAGGAGGCCCAGCUGCGCGAGGAGGCCCAGCUGCGCGAGGAGGCCCAGCUGCGCGAGGAGGCCCAGCUGCGCGAGGAGGCCUAUGAUAUGUUUGGAGUGGACAUGGUGGAGACUAUCAGAGACCGGGUGGCUUCUCUGGACGACCUGGCCAAACGCAUUACAGUGGAGGAGAGCGGGUUCGACCCGUUUCCUGAAAUGGGUGGAAGAGGGAAGUUCUUAACGUGGCUCAAGCACUUUCACAAAGUGCUGAAACACCCUGUUCUCAACCACAGAGAAUGGGGCGCAUAUCGGGAGCUAUAAGCAUACCUUGAUUGGGAGUCCCGUAGGGCGGUGCACAAUUGGCCCAGCGUCGUCCGGGUUUGGCCCGGGGUAGGCAGUCAUUGUAAAUAGGAAUGUGUUCUUAACCUGUUAGACCUAUAGGGGCAGUAUUUCAUUUUUGGAUAAAAAGACGUGCCCGUUUUUAGCGCAAUAUUUUGUCACGAAAAGAUGCUCGACUAUGCUUGGAAUUGAUAGUUUUGGAAAGAAGACACUCUGACGUUUCCAGAACUGCAAAGAUUUUCACUGUGAGUGCCAUAGAACAAAAUCUACAGGCAAAACCAAGAUGUUUGAGUGACCAGGAAAUCAACAGGAUUUCUGGAGGCACGUUUUCCAUGAUCUCCUUAUAUGGCUGUGAAUGCGACAGGAAUGAACGGACACUUCCUAUCGUUUCCCCCAGGUGUCUGCAGCAUUGUGACGUAUUUGUAGGCAUAUCAUUGGAAGAUUGCCCAUAAGAGCCUACAAUUACCAAGUGUCCCGCAUGGUGUCUGCGUGGAAAUUGGUGCGCAAAAGUCAGGUCCCAGUAUUUUUCCAUCCGAAUCAGAGAAGAAUGCACGCUUCUAGGACUGGCAUUUCAAUGAAGAGAUAUAUGACAAAACACCUUGAGGAUUGAUUCAAACAACGUUUUCCAUGUUUCAGUCGAUAUUAUGGAGUUAAUUCGGAAAAAAGUUCGACGUUUAGGUGACUGAAUUUUCGGUUAGUUUCGGUAGCCAAAUGCAUAGUAACAAAACGGAACGUUGUGUCCUACACAAGCAUCUUUCAGGAAAAACUGGACAUCUGCUAUGUAACUGAGAGUCUCCUCAUUGAAACAUCUGAAGUUCUUCAAAGGUAAAUUAUUUUAUUUGAUCCCUUUGCUGGUUUUUGUGAAUGUUGCGUGCUAAAUGCUAACGCUAAAUGCUAAGCUAGCUAUCACCACUCUUACACAAAUUAUUGAUUUUCUCUGGUUCUAAAGCAUAUUUUGAAAAUCUGAGACAACAGGAUUGUUAAGAAAAUGAUAAGCUUGAGGACAGGCAUAUUUAUUUCAUUUAUUUUGCAAUUUUCAGAAAUCGCUAAUGUUGCGUUAUGGUAAUGAGCUUGAGGCUGUAGUCACGAUCCCGCAUGCGGGAUGGGGCGGCCUAAGAGGUCUGACUUGCCUAGUUAAAAAAAUAAUAAUAAACCAAAAACUAGGGCUGUCCCCAUAUUUAGAUAUACCCUAUGUUUGAAUCAAAUCAACGAUAUGUAGGCUACUUUGUCUGAUGUUUUAAGCCCUGAAAUAAAACUGAAGACACACAAAUGACCAAAUAGGGAGCCAGAGGUCAAUAUAACCAGAAGAGUCAACCCUGCUUCCCCCCCUUCCCGCUGCCGACUGCUGCUGGCUUUUGUAGAUUCUGACACCUUAUGAUUUUCACAUGCACAUUUUCAAGAAAACACUUUAAUUAAGACAAACAGAAAUAGUAUUGGAUCCCCAAAUGGGCACAUUUAUAAGCCUACAUUUCCAAGUCUACAUUUAUAAGCCUACAUUUAUAAGUCUACAUUUACAAGUCUACAUUUACAAGUCCACAUUUACAAGCCUACAUUUCCAAGCCUACAUUUCCAAGCCUACAUUUCCAAGCCUACAUUUCCAAGCCUACAUUUACAAGCCAACAUUUACAAGCCUACUUUUACAAGCCAACAUUUACAAGCCUACUUUUACAAGCCAACAUUUACAAGCCAACAUUUACAAGCCAACAUUUACAAGCCAACAUUUACAAGCCUACAUUUACAAGCCUACAUUUACAAGCCUACAUUCACAAGCCUACAUUCACAAGCCUACAUUCACAAGCCUACAUUUACAAGCCUACAUUCACAAGCCUACAUUUACAAGCCUACAUUUACAAGCCUACAUUCACAAGCCUACAUUUACAAGCCAACAUUUACAAGCCUACAUUUACAAGCCUAUAUUUCCAAGCCUACAUUUCCAAGCCUACAUUUCCAAGCCUACAUUUGUGUAAGUGUCAGUAAUUAGCAAGCAGACAAUGUUAGGUCAUAAUUAGCCCUUGGAUGCCAAAUAUGGAGCUGGGUGUGUGUGUGUGGGGAGAGAGAGGUGUGCACGUUUUAGUGUCGGUGUGUAAUGGAUUGCGUAUGUUUCUGGCGAGGGAGAGGAACGAGGCCGUCGUCGAGUCACACUGAGGGUAAGGAGGGGUGGGGUGCACGCAAUUCACAAGGCUACAUCGUCGAGUCACACUGAGGGUAAGGAGGGGGUGGGUGCACGCAAUUCACAAGGCUACAUCGUCGAGUCACACUGAGGGUAAGGAGGAGUGGGGUGCACGCAAUUCACAAGGCUACAUCGUCGAGUCACACUGAGGGUAAGGAGGAGUGGGGUGCACGCAAUUCACAAGGCUACAUCGUCGAGUCACACUGAGGGUAAGGAGGAGUGGGGUGCACGCAAUUCACAAGGCUACAUCGUCGAGUCACACUGAGGGUAAGGAGGGGUGGGGUGCACGCAAUUCACAAGGCUACAUCGUCGAGUCACACUGAGGGUAAGGAGG